UGUCCAGUUAUAUCAUCAUAUCGCCCCAUGCUCACUGUCGGGUUAUACACCCCAUGCUGGCUGUCCAGUUAACACACCACAUGUUUACUGUCCAUAUACACCCACCUGCCACCCAUAUAAUAACCAAAACCCAUCCCCAGUUUUUAUUAGAAGUUAAAACGUUGGUCUUAUAGCAUAAGUUUUCAUGAGAAUGGGUUCAUGGACAGUUUGAGGUUGAAGUGGACAUUGAACCAAGGCUGUCCCCAACGUACAUCAAGUCCCGCAACCCUCAAGCUCGAAAACAUGCGAAUACAGCAUUUAAAAUUCCGCGAACUUAAAGUACGACAGAAGCCCACUUAAUUUCAAGGAUAAUCCGUAUUCUGAGUGAUUCUUGUAGCUGUAGUAGCCACACACUUAACCUGACAUGACCACAGUCGAUUAUACGACGACCAUCCGGCUUAGAAUGUUUGAACAAGCACAAGAACAUGUCCACCACCCACACAGCAAUUGUAACGCCUCCUGCAAUAUAUCUGUUUGAUGGGAAAUGCAAAUUUACGCUUUGUUGCUGUUUGAAGAUUUAUUAUAAGGCAUUAUGGUUCACCAAAAUAUAAUAUCUUCACUCUUAUUCAUGCUGUGGACCGUGAUUGUAAAAUGCCACGAUGUUUCAAUAUGCGUUGAUUUAUGCCCUGCUUGUUUUACGCAACGAAUGCAAAAUUGUCCGCCAUUACCCGACUGUGAACUUAAAGUAAGAGAUCCAGGUUGUGGGUGUUGUUUCACAUGCGCUGCUGGGGCUGGGGAUAGGUGCGGAAUAAAUAAGCCGAGGUGUGGGCCUGGUUUGAAGUGCUUGGCUGUCGGUGCUGAAUCGAAUUUAAUCGCGAUCCUUGAGAACAGGGGGGCGUGUCAACUUGACCCCGCCCAUCAAGAAACCACGGAGAAAGCUUCUCGUCUUCGUCUAAUUCACACACGCCACCUUAAACGGAGAAGAAGAAAAAAACACCGAAGAUUUCCAAGACACCCCCAUCGUGGCUUGCUGAGCCCUCUCAAUCAUGACGGUCCAUGUUCACGUCACUAUGAAGAGAUGAUGACGUCAUGUAUAACUAUGGCGCACAAAGUUUGGCUUCCAGCAUGCGAUGCGAGAGGUUAUUACGCAGCUAAACAGUGCAUGUCGUCUAACGGUCUUGAACGAGGAAAAUGUUGGUGUGUGGACGAAACGGGAAUCGCGUUAGAAGACACGCCGUAUACGCGAGAUUCUAUUACGUGUCAUCGGUAACUUAUGACGUCAUAAUGCAUAUUGAUGACGACAACUCAGGUCACAGAAGGCCUUGUUAUUUGCACGACGAUUGGUGCAGGAUAAAGACGAUAUAAAGGGACAAAGUGUUGGGGACCUGAAAUUGCGAUAAUAUUGUUGUGUUAUUUGGUGUAUAUUUAUUAUUGGUCGUUUAUUUUAUUUAUUUUUAUUUAUUCUUCGCUAAUAAACUUGCCCACUUUGA